UAGCUGCCGCAAACAGGUCUGCGCGGCGUCCUUAGAAACACAGGUGAGAGAACGAGCCAGGUAACAGACACUCAGGUGAAACACAGUCAGCUAUGAGGGACUGACGGACCAUAUACUAAACAGAUAUUCAAUAUUACAGCAUCAGUCGCCAGUAUGAAGGAGAGGGUGUAUGGCUGGUACCCGUCCGCCAAUGACAUCUACGCACGGGGACCGUAUAACAAGUACCAGCAAGAAUGUCUGUACAAGUUCCGAGACACCAUGUACGAGAGCAAGCCACUGGUCCCACCGUCCCCAAACCUCAUGGUCAGAGGGUAUUCCCCAGCGCCACCUACCGGAAUAAGGCCAGCAUCCGCAUCGAAGCCACAAGCAAAUAAAUGGGGCACGGGUCCACGAGCUAAAAGCGCCCCUAUUCCGAAAUUCAAAUUAAUACCCCGAUUGAAUGUGCCCACCCCCAGUCAGUGCUGGUCUACAAACCUACCGGAAACGGAUUACACGAUGGCACCACCUACCCAGAAUCCCCUGGAAGGAAGUCGACCUUCGACAGCCUCGACUCAAGUGUCCUGGCCUGUGCCGAAACCCACGAAACCGGAAGUACCCCAAACCACUAACGUCCCUAUUGACCAAAGUGACCGUUCUCAUAUCAGUUGGCCUCGUCCUAAGUCUCACACAGAACCAGCUCAAACUCCUGAAAUGAAAAGAACAAGAAUUAAGAGCGCGUCUCUGCACAGGGAAAAGACCCCUAUCCCAAGCCGACCGGUCAAGUCAGCUGGACCUGUCAGAUCCCCCAUGCCCCCCAGGAGCACCACCCCUGCCCAAGAGACCCGACUAACAUCCCCACCCAAACCCAAGACCCCCGAGCUCCGCCCCCGCAACCCCGUUCAGGACCCUGACUCUGCAGAUGAGGCUGUGGAAGCUGAAGAGUGGGAGGUUGCCAGGGAGAAGUACGGAUGGAUGGCUGAAGUCCAUGGUAACCCGUAUGGAUAUAAGAAAAUUGCCAAGCGGCUGCCCUACACCGUUAAGUGUGUAGAGCCCCAACUAGCCCCAGAACCUCCUGUCACCCACAUGGAGAACAUGGAAACGUUCUUCUACAACACCAUCCCACGACGACCUAUGACCUUCGCUGUCCACAAAGAGUGGAUCUCCGAGGUCCUCCACGCCAAGAGGCUGGAACUCCAGAAACGGGAGGGCGUCAAAUACCGAUGGAAGAACUUCGGAUUCGUGUACUAAGAAGUCUGGAGGCAUCGCAUAAGUCUUUCUUACAUCACGUAUUGUCAGUUAAUAGAUAUCGCCGUCCGUUUGAUGAGCAGGCACACCUUCUCGUUGGAGGAUUCUGCCUUCAAGUAUGAGGUGGUUUGGCAACACAUAACGUUAGUCUUUAAUUAUAGAUCAAAGGUUAAGCCAGGAGUGUACUUCAAACACAUUGAUUUGAGAGUUGGGAGUGCAAACCUCUUGGGAAAUUUACUUGGAAAUUAUGGAUUGGUUCUAGUACCAUCUACCUUGAAUCCCUCAGGAGCAGUCGACCUUUCCACAUCGCGCAGACCUUCGUAGGUUUGGGUGUUAUGCAGACCUCAAUUGCCUCGGAUCUUUCUGAAGCUUAUGUUCAAAAUGGCCAGGUUUACAGACUUCCGUCAUGUUUUCUCAGUUGGCACAAACGGGUCAGCAACCAUAGAAGGACAUGGAAAGAUUACCUCUCCUAUGAGAUACUUCAGGACAAUAUUGACAUUCAUAGACCCAGCAGUCGAACCAGUUGUUAUGGAAAGAAGCAGGUACUUUUGGCCGCCCAAAGUACAAAUCGUUAAAGCGUUAAAGAAACGCCUGCGAUGAGAAACAUUACAUGACAUAAGACAGGUUACAUUCCUGAAAAAUUGGUGCAACUUGUUUCUGGAGACGUACUGGUCUCCUGGAGAGACAUCUACCUACAUCAGGUUUUCCUGUUUGAUAUUGCUGAUAUUAACAUUGCACAUCGUUCAUUGUAACUCACAACCUACAAACUGUUUGAUCUAAGAAGUGAAAGGUCACUUUUACUGAAGGAAGCCAUCGAGCGAUAUUCAAAGGCUGCCAGACACGUGACCUACAUGUACGUCAUAUUAAAUAUAUUUACUGUAUUUGGUCAUUUGGACCUUAUGUAUUUGAACUGCAAGAUGUCAUAGUAAGAGAGGUGCAAUGACUUCGAAGAACGAGUUGUUUUUCUCCUACCACAUAUUACAGUUCAAUGCAUCAGGUCCAAAUGCACUAAUAUGAUGUUCUAUAUAUAUUACAUACCCUUUUCAUGACAGAAACCUAUUUAAUGUAUCUCUAAAAGUCACUACUGAAACUUUGGGAUUUACCAGAGUAUCACUACGCGCAAGGGACGUAUCACACAUAUAGACGGCAGAUCGCAUUCCUCCGCCUGACGUCAUCAAUCAAGUGCCUCGUUUUCCUAAGCUCGUCGUAUUGCACGGCUAUAUCGCUAUCGCAAGAUUAAAUGGGUAUGUAAUAAACAAAUAUAUUUGAGAACGUAUGGCUGUACUUAUAAAUGUGCACACAUAUAAACCUGCAAUUCCUAAGAUAUUGAAGACAUGUUGUGCUUACUUAGUUUGGUGCCGCUCAGGCCUGGCACGCUACAGGACAUAUAUAGGACAUGCUACUCUUUCCGUGAACACCUGGUGUUAUCUCUGAAUUUCAGUGAUCCAUUAAUAUAAUUUUCCCCGUAAUUUUGUCUUUCACGUUCUACAGAAUCUGAUAAAACGCUGAGUAAUCUCAGGCGCAUACGUUGUAUAUUUCCAUCUUAUAUUGUAUUCCUCUGAUGAGCACAGUGAAGCUUUGACUCGAAAACCCAUGUAUGUAUCCCUUUUGUGGGUUAAUUAUCCCAGAGAAGCCAAUUUGAUUUCAUCAGAAAACCUUUUGUCUUUAAUUCGUAGGCGUCUUCUCUGUUCAGUAUUAUUACUUCGAUAGAAAUGUCUAGCCUGGUACUUCAGACCGAGCAACAGGGUGUGUUGUGCGUCACGAAUGUCUGCUCUUCCUUUCGAAACGUUAAGAGUGGAUUCAGUAUUCGGACUCGUGCGUGUCAAGGGAGGUAAUACUUAAUGCUGACAAUGCUACAAUCAAGGGAGGUCAUACGUAAUGCUGGCAAUGUUACAAUCAAGGGAGGUUAUACGUAAUGCUGGCAAUGUUACAAUCAAGGGAGGUUUAAUACGUAAUGCUGGCAAUGUUACAAUCAAGGGAGGUUAUACGUAAUGCUGGCAAUGUUACAAUGAAGGGAGGUUAUACGUAAUGCUGGCAAUGUUACAAUCAAGGGAGGUUUAAUACGUAAUGCUGGUAAUGUUACAAUCAAGGGAGGUUGUAAUGCUGGUAAUGUUACAAUCAAGGGAGGUUUAAUACGUAAUGCUGGCAAUGUUACAAUCAAGGGCGGUUUAAUACAUAAUGCUGGCAAUGUUACAAUCAAGGGAGGUUUAUACGUAAUGCUGGCAAUGUUACAAUCAAGGGAGGUUAUACGUAAUGCUGGCAAUGUUACAAUCAAGGGAGGUUAUAAGUAAUGCUGGUAAUGUUACAAUCAAGGGAGGUUUAAUACGUAAUGCUGGUAAUGUUACAAUCAAGGGAGGUUUAAUACGUAAUGCUGGCAAUGUUACAAUCAAGGGCGGUUUAAUACAUAAUGCUGGCAAUGUUACAAUCAAGGGAGGUUUAAUACGUAAUGCUGGCAAUGUUACAAUCAAGGGAGGUUAUACGUAAUGCUGGCAAUGUUACAAUCAAUGGAGGUUAUACGUAAUGCUUGCAAUGUUACAAUCAAGGGAGGUUAUACGUAAUGCUGGUAAUGUUACAAUCAAGGGAGGUUUAAUACGUAAUGCCGGCAAUGUUACAAUCAAGGGAGGUUAUACGUAAUGCUGGCAAUGUUACAAUCAAGGGAGGUUAUACGUAAUGCUGGCAAUGCUACAAUCAAAGGAGGUUAUACGUAAUGCUGGUUAUAUUACAAUCAAGGGAGGUUAUACGUAAUGCUGGCAAUGUUACAAUCAAGGGAGGUUAUACGUAAUGCUGGCAAUGUUACAAUGAAGGGAGUUUAUACGUAAUGCUGGCAAUGUUACAAUGAAGGGAGGUUGAAUACGUAAUGCUGGCAAUGUUACAAUAAAGGGAGGUUAUACGUAAUGCUGGUAAUGUUACAAUCAAGGGAAUACAUAUUACUGAAAUAUCAGAAACUAUUGCUCAAUGUGCUCUAAACUUCAGAAUCCUGAUUCGUCCUCAUCAUUCGUUUAGGUUUGUCCGCAGCAUUCCUGUGCUUGUUGGCGUUCCCUGAGUGGUAAACGUCUCAGACCUGCAGCACUUCCCAGACUAACACGACUGGAAGCGGCGUUAUGCCGAACUCGCUCUUAGCUUCAGACUGAAAUAACGACACGUUCUAUUACAUGUAUAAACUUUGUCAGAGCUUUGUCGAAUGUCAAAAAUAAAUUAUUCGAUCCCCCAUUUUGGUUAGUAAACUGAACUAAAGAGACGGACUAAAAUGAAUAAAUGGCACUUGGUAAAUGUCAGUCCUAUGUAUAUUCAAGUCGGUUAAGUAAACAUGUCUUCUAAACGUUUAGCAGGUAAUGGUUGCUCAACGUGAACAACACAGCUCGACAAUAUUACCCCGCUCAGUGUUUCAGUGUGUACCGGAUUUCGUUUUCUACCCUGGGGAGUACAUUACCAUCUCGGCUACCGGAUACCUAUCCAUUACUUGGCAAUAUAAAUCCAAAAAUUAAUUAAUGCGAUGAUUACAAAGAGUGAAUGAGUUUAGUUUUACGCAAUAUUCCAGCAAUACCACGGCCUGGGACACCGGAAAUGGGCUUCCCACAUUGUACCCACGUGGGGAACAAACCCGGGACUUCGGUGUGACGAGCGAACACUUUAACCACUAGGCUACUACACCGCCCCUGAUUACAAAGACAUGUUCUCAUUUGCCCUCAGACUUUCGAGUAUAUUCCUGCAACUAAACAGUCUCUUGUCACGGCGGAUUUAACGUACCCAAUGCAAGACGACUGAACAACUAGAGCCGUUCUAGUUAAGACGCAUUUAAGACUGGAUCGUUUUAAAUCUGCAUUUUGCAGAGCGAUUGUCUUAUGACACAGACGAAAACUUUACGAAAAGUCAUCGACGGUAAAAGAUGUCUCUUUGCUCAGAGACAGUGGUUACACUUGAAUUCUAGGACAGGACAAAUGUGGAAAUAAGUCUUUUUUUAUAAACCGGGUCAGCGUUUCCGCUGCGCUACAAUGUCGGCACUUCCGGUAUGAUCGCUGAAAGGUGAGGACGUGCAAGAUGCCACACUGUCCAUUCAAGAGCACUUGGAUCAAUACGUAACAAGUCGUAUAAAUAUAGAAGCUAGUGUGUAUAUCUUCUUAACCAGCAAUUACCGUGUCGGGGGGAACAGUCUUAGAGGACUCUUAGUCUAUGUAGUAUUAAUUAUACAUACUGGCAGAUUAAACCGUAGCGUGACCAGUUUACGUGUGAAGGAAUGUGGAAAAUUGCAACCAGGGAUUCUCAGAAUGCAGAUGUUUUUCACUCCUUGCAAACCCUUCCUUCUUAGUCCAAGCAUUCAGGCCUCUCGAAAUUAAAGCCACAACAGUUAAUACCGUAAUGUUGCGUUAACCAUUGUAAAUAUCAAACUAUCAAGUGCUCUUUUCCCGUUAUCUGCUUUAAUAUCAUAAAAGUGUCCUACAGACCCUGUAACAAAUAUACCCAAGAAAGCCCAUGCAAGUCUAGAAUAUGUGGGAAGUCUAGAUUUCCAGUUUCAGGUCUAUUUUUUAAAACUAUGAACUGUAAAAUAUGUUCAUUUCAGAGACUAGUUGUUAGUCUAGUGUUCCAUCUUUUUAUCGCUUUGGCCAUGAAUCAUUGGUGUAUUCUUCUGUUUUAACCCGAGUCUUCAGGUCCCUCCAGAUCGGUUGCAAUUAUAUUGUGUUACUACCGAAUACCGUAAAUCCUUCAAAACGUACCAUUCUAUUUCGGGAGGCAAGCAUUAUUUCUGCACCGACUGUUUAUUUGCGGAAGGCGUUUGGUUAAAAAAACUCUUUUGAAUAAUUGAUAAUACGUUCACUUCUAACGUUAGAAUAUUCGAUUCACGGCAAGCGUUCUUAGUUUCCAUUGACCCAAUGUUAUUUAUAGAGGCGGGCAUUUUAAAAAGGAUUUACGGGGUUACAAUUUAACCCAACCCAUCCAACCUCAAGACCUAAAGUUGUGGAUGAUGGGUCCUUAUCAGAUCAUUAGAGGAGACACAUAUUGUUAAUUCAUUUACACAUGUUAUUGUAUACAUGUUAUUGUACAAGGUUAUUGUACAGGGCAGUGAGUUAUUCAACCGCUGCCCACUCAUCUAUAUGGCUGUGAUGUAUAUAAAAAAGCAAUGUUCUUUUUUUAAAUAUUAUAUUAUUGUAAACAUUGUUGACUUUCGUAUAUCGGUAUGUAUUGACCCAAUAUUUGCUUACCAUUAUAUAUUUAUCAUAUUCUAAUAAAGUCUGUGAUUCUGUAGAAGCACAUUACUCAAAACUCCAUUUAAUUCUUCAAAGAUUUUAAUUAUUCUACAUGUUCACAAAUUCGGUUGAUGAUCCGUUCCACGGGUUAAAGUUCAAACUUUAAAAUUUGAAUUCUGACUUGCAGUUACUGUAUUCAUUACACGUGUCAGUGUAUGUAUACACUGUUAUUGUUUAUUGGAGGAGAACAACGGACAUGAUAUUUGUCCCGAAAUAAAUGGCAUGAAAAUACCCAGGUCUGUCGUGACAUUGUUCUGUACACACAAACCUUAGUUAGUUAGUCAUUGUCAUGAAGAUUAGCAUUUUGAGUUACCGAUAAUGGCAUAGGAUGAAAGAUACCUCAAACCAUCGUUUAGUGAAAUCCCCGAAAGCAUGUUUAGAGGUCAUUACGAUGUUUGCUGAUUAAGCCAGAAAGAGUUAUCGCCCUUGCACACGAAUUGGAACCCCUAAUAUUUUAGCAAUGUUGUUUUGUUCUUAAAUGAUAAGGCUUUUUUUGUUAGUUAAGUUUUCUGCUGGUAUGUAGAUUCCCCUGUCGCAUCGCUUUCGUGCUAAAAAUAAAAGUCUUUACGUUUCCCGAUUGUUUUUAUAGAAGUCCGUACAACGUGGUAUGUUUAUGAAACCCUCUUGUCAGCUGUUUACUUUUGUACUGCAGAAAGUAUAUUAAAAUAUUUAGUCUCUAAAAAAAAAUGUUUUAAAUCAAACGAAUGAAAUAUGGAAACGGCUUUAUUUAGUAAUAGAUGCACAAAUGAAAAUGUUCAAUUUGGAGACUUAAAGUGAAAAACAUCAUUGAGGUGUUGAAACAGUUCAUUACAUCGGACAUGCUGUCACCUUUCAUCAGUGCUGUGGUAAAUUAUUGCUGAAUCAUGUUCAUGUUAUUUAGCUGUGAUAAUGAAUGCCUGUUUCCUGUUGCCUGUGGUGAUCAUUUCAACACUAACUUAUCAGCAAUGGUUGUGUUUGUACUUCAAUGUUAGACAAUAAAUGAAUUUAUCCCUGA